UUGGAUCCUACUUGAUCAGAGCAGCUUCAUCUCCUCCCAUUAUAGGAAUCCUGUAGGUUGGAUCCCACCAGCAGCCUGUACUUUGAUCCGAUGGGGUCUGAUGUUCGGGAUAUGAAUACUUUGCUUCCUCCUGUCUCCUCCUUGUCCGGGAACAGUAGCUGUAACAUGCCGGUGAGCAGUACAGGUCAGUGGGCUCCGGUACUGGACUUCCCUCCUGGGGCAACCUAUAGCUCACUGGCCCCUCACUCCUUUAUCAAGCAGGAGCCCAGCUGGAAUCCGGAUCCACACGAGGAGCAGUGUCUGAGCGCCUUUACGGUCCACUUCUCUGGUCAGUUCACAGGAACCGCCGGGGCUUGUAGGUAUGGCCCCUUUGGGGCACCUCCACCAAGCCAGGCACCCACCAGCCAGGCAAGGAUGUUCACCAAUGCACCUUACCUGUCCAACUGCCUGGAGAACCAGCAAGGUAUCAGAAACCAAGGUUAUAGUGCUGUUGCUUUUGAUGGGACCCCAAGUUAUGGUCACACUCCUUCUCACCAUACAGCCCAGUUUACAAACCACUCCUUCAAGCACGAGGACUCUAUCAGCCAGCAGACAUCUCUAGGAGAUCAGCAGUAUUCAGUACCUCCACCAGUGUAUGGCUGUCACACCCCGACAGAUAGCUGCACAGGGAGCCAGGCCCUUCUGCUAAGGAGUCCCUACAACAGUGAUAACCUCUACCAAAUGACCUCCCAACUGGAAUGUAUGACAUGGAAUCAAAUGAAUUUGGGAUCCUCACUUAAGAGCCACGGAACAGCGUAUGAAAGUGACAGUCACAGUACCCCAAUGUUAUACAGCUGUGGGGGCCAGUACAGAAUACACACACACGGAGUGUUCAGAGGGAUACAAGACGUGCGGCGAGUACCCGGGGUGACCCCAGCAAUAGUCAGAUCAGCAACAGAAACCAACGAAAAGAGACCUUUUAUGUGCGCAUACCCCGGAUGCAACAAAAGAUACUUUAAAUUGUCUCAUUUGCAGAUGCACAGCCGGAAACACACAGGGGAAAAGCCUUACCAGUGUGAUUUUAAAGACUGCGAAAGAAGAUUCUCACGGUCCGAUCAACUCAAGAGGCAUCAACGGAGACACACAGGAGUGAAGCCGUUUCAGUGUAAAACCUGCCAGAGGAAAUUUUCCCGAUCUGAUCACCUGAAGACCCACACCAGGACUCAUACAGGUAAAACAAGUGAGAAGCCGUUCAGUUGCCGGUGGCCAAGUUGUCAGAAGAAAUUUGCCAGGUCAGAUGAGCUGGUUCGCCACCACAACAUGCAUCAGAGAAAUAUGUCGAAGCUCCAACUGGCUCUUUAAGUUCUCCCGAAAAGAAACUUAAAAUCCUGCUGUACUAUAAUUUAAACCCCUUGCUCAUUAACUGCAAGAUGGGAUUCUGUUCAGCUGUCAUAAUUUAGAAGUUCAUGUCGUGAAAUGCAUCACCUUCGUCGGUAGAACAGAUUUCGUAUCAAGUGGCUGUUCAAUGACUAUUUAUGUGAUGUGCGUGUAAAUUCUAGCAAUUGGUGUUACACUGUCUGCAGCAUGAAAAAUACAUUUUAAUGAAUGGUGGCAGCGGUCUAAAUGUUGUUGUAACCGGUAAUAUGAUUAUCAC